AUGUCAGCAACCCAAUCUUACAAAUUCGAGGGCUGGAUGGGCCUCGGCCCCGAGGCCGCCGAGGGCAAGAUGGUCUGGCAGGAAUUCGAGCCCAAGCCGUGGGAGGAGACCGACAUCGACAUCAAGGUCACUCACUGCGGUAUCUGUGGGUCUGACAUGCACACUUUGCGCAGUGGAUGGGGUCCCACUGAUUACCCCUGCUGCGUCGGACACGAGAUUGUCGGUACUGCCGUGCGCGUUGGCUCCAAGGCUGUUGGCGGUAUCAAGGUCGGAGACCGCGUCGGUGUUGGUGCGCAGAGCGGUGCCUGCUUGAACAAGGAUGGUGACUGUGAUGCCUGUGCUCGCGACCUCCAGCAGCACUGCAACCGCAUGGUUGGCACAUAUAACGGUACUUAUGCCAACGGUGGCAAGUCAUAUGGUGGAUAUUCACUAUACAACCGGUCUCCCUCUGCCUUUGUCGUCAAGAUCCCCGAUGCCAUUCCCUCCGCCGAAGCUGCUCCUAUGCUCUGCGGUGGUAUCACCACCUACUCACCCCUGAAGCAGCACGGCUGUGGACCCGGCAAGUCUGUUGGUAUCAUCGGUGUCGGUGGUCUUGGUCACUUCGGUAUUCUCUUCGCCAAGGCACUUGGUGCUGACCGCGUCGUCGCCAUCUCUCGCAAGAGUGACAAGAAGGAAGAUGCGCUGAAACUUGGAGCUGACGAAUACAUCGCGACCAGUGAGGAGGAGGACUGGGCUACCAAGCACGCUCAGUCUUUGGAUCUCAUCAUCUCCACUGUUUCUUCGUCCAAGAUGCCCAUUGUCCAAUACAGCCAGCUUCUCAAGUUCCGUGGAACUCUCGUCCAGCUCGGUGCGCCCGAGGAUGGUGCUCUAGAGAUCCCCGCCUUCGCUCUGAUUGUGAAGGGUAUCAAGCUCGGUGGUUCCCUCAUCGGUAGCCCCUCCGAGAUCCGUGAGAUGUUGCAGCUCGCUGCUGACAAGAAGGUCCACCCUUGGAUCCAGGAGCGUCCCAUGAAGGAGGCCAACCAGGCUAUCCAGGAUAUGGACGCUGGCUCUGCCCGGUUCCGCUACGUCCUGGUGAACGAGUAG